GUUUCCGAGUUGCAUAGUUUGAAGGAAGGUAUUAAUAAGCUUAUAUAUCAUAUGCUCUUCUUCAUAAACUUUUAUUUAGACUCUGAAUUGUAUAAAUUGUAUUAAUAUAUAUUUUUGCUUAUUGAUGGUAUUUUCUACAAGCAUCCUACAAUUAAAAGUCCAUGAAAGGUGGAACUAAAGAUGACCCAAAGACACAUCCUCAGAGGAGGUUUCUCUUAUCAUGGCUGAAGUACUUGCUUGUUCUGUUGACUCUGAUGUUCAGAAACGCAACAAGAGAAGCUGAAGACAAUCUGGAAAAUUCUUAUGGUAGAUUUCCACAUUAUAGAAUGUUUACAAGCAUGGAGCAUGUAUUGAUGCAGCAAUCACCGGCAUAAAUGCCUCCUCCCUUGAUGUAACUCUAGAAAUGGGGGAAACUCACCUUAUCACUAAGUGGCAUAUAGUUUGGUUGCCAUAAACAGUUUACCUAGUUGUUUAUUGCUUUUAGGCACUCAGGCACUUGUGGUACUACUGCAGAAGAGAUAUCAAGAUGCCAGCUGCUU